AUGUUUAGAUUUCGUGUUAAUGAUUUUGUCGAUGAAGAAGCUGAACUAUCAGGCGAUGAAAAUGAACGUGCCUAUUAUAUGGAUGAUGAAGAUGAAUUGAAUGUAAAUGAUGAUGAUGAAGAGCUUGCUGAUUUAAUUGAUGAAAAUGAUGCAGAUAUUCCAUCAUCUGGUCGUUUAAGACGUCAACUUGAACGUGUACAUCAUCGACUACAGACUGAUCAAGAUUUACGUGAGAUACGUAUUCUCAAGGAACUGUACUUAGAAGAUGGAGAUUUACACACCGAAGAUGGCCGCGUUCGUCAACGACGUUUUCGAUGGCGUGGAUUAGAUAAUGAUGAUCCAUUUGCUGAUCAAUUGAAUAUGGACGAUGAUGAUGAUGACGGAGAUGGAAGUUCAAAUGAUGAAGGUGAUGUACCAUAUGGUCCUAUGGAUCGUUGGUUACGUGGUCCAUUAGGUUCAAAACUAAACUCUUCUAGUGGACAGAACAAUACUGAUAAUGAUCAGUCUAUGGAGAAUGUUGAUCUUGAUUCGGAUGGAAUGCAAAAAAAAUCUAAAGAUAAUCCUAAUGAUGAAGAUACACCUCCAGGAUCAGACAAUGACGAUGAUGAUGACAAUAAUAAUAAUGAUAAUAAGGAAAAUUUACAGAAUAAUAUUGACUCAAAUACAGUUUUAUCCCUUGGAAGAAAAGCACUGAUGAAAACUCAAACAAAAAUGCAAACUCAAAUAAUUGUUAAAAAUAAAAUAUCAGCUAAUCGUGGAAAAACUACAAAAUCAUGUCAUGUUGUUAAAAACGCAUCAAUAUCCAACUUUUUAAAGCCUAAACUGACAACUAGUGAGUCGACUACAACAAAGACAACUACUAUUACUUCCAUUAAGAAUGAUAAACAUAUCAACAAGGAUGAUGUUGUUGAUGCAGGUGAUGGUGAUGAUGAUGAUGAAUAUGAUGAUGAUAAAACCAAGGAUAAUAAUAGUAAUAAUAAUACCAAUACUUGUAAAUCUGUUGAUUUUAUUAAGCCCAUAUUGGAUACUGAUAAUAACACUCGUGAUGUUAAACUUCCAGUAGUCAGGCGUGGCUCUUUGUUGAGUCGUCCUACUGGAAGUUUUCUUCCGGGUUUCAAAUCUGAAUUACCUAAAAAGGCUUCAAGUUUCACUGAAGAUUUUGAUACUGACUCACCAACAAAUAGUAAUACUACUACUAAUAAUAACAGUAACAAUAAUCAGAAUAAUCGUCGUGGUAAUCAUGCACACUUAUUAGGUUUACGCAAUAAAGUUGGUCUGUCGUGUUUCAGUGUUGUUACACCAAAUGUAAAAUCAGAGAAAAGUGAUCCAUCAUUUGAUAAUAAUGUUCAUAGUGGAAGCAAUCAAUCAGCUGUUCCAGGAUCUUCUAAGAGCACUACUAUGAAGCAUAAACGUUCAAUGGACAUGAUUAAACCGCAUUCAGCUUUGUUAAGUCCUCCAAGUUUAAAACGUCAUCGAUCGUCCAGUGUAUUUACAGCACUUCUGUGA